AUGGCGGCGGUGGAUCUGACCCCCAAGCAGCCCAGGAAGGCGUACGGCGGCGACGGCGGCGCCUACUACGAGUGGAGCCCCGCCGACCUGCCCAUGCUCGGCGUCGCCUCCAUCGGCGCCGCCAAGCUCUCGCUCGCCGCCGCCGGCCUCGCGCUCCCCAGCUACUCCGACUCCGCCAAGGUCGCCUACGUCCUGCAAGGCACUGGCACCUGCGGCAUCGUCCUGCCGGAGGCGACCAAGGAGAAGGUGGUGGCCGUGAAGGAAGGCGACGCCCUCGCUCUCCCCUUCGGCGUCCUGACAUGGUGGCACAACGCCCCCACCGCGUCGUCCGACCUGACCGUCCUGUUCCUCGGCGACACCUCCAAGGGCCGCAAGCCGGGCCAGUUCACAAACUUCCAGCUCACAGGCUCCACUGGCAUCUUCACGGGCCUCACCACCGAGUUCGUGUCCCGCGCGUGGGACCUGCCGGAGGCCGACGCCGCGAAGCUGGUGUCGAGCCAGCCGGCCUCCGGCGUCGUGAAGACCUCCAUCGCGCUGCCGGCGGGCUCGGCCAAGGACCGCGAGGGCAUGGCGCUCAACUGCCUGGAGGCGCCGCUGGACGUGGACAUCCCCGGCGGGGGCCGCGUGGUGGUGCUCAACACGGCCAACCUGCCGCUGGUGAAGGACGUCGGGCUGGGCGCCGACCUGGUCCGCAUCGACGCGCACUCCAUGUGCUCCCCGGGCUUCUCGUGCGAUUCGGCGUACCAGGUCACCUACAUCGUGCGCGGCAGCGGGCGGGUCCAGGUGGUCGGGCCCGACGGGAAGCGCGUCCUGGAGACCCGCGCUGAGGGUGGGGUGCUCUUCAUCGUGCCUCGGUUCCACGUCGUGUCCAAGAUCGCUGAUGCGUCCGGGAUGGAGUGGUUCUCCAUCAUCAGCACCCCCAACCCGAUCUUCAGCCACCUGGCGGGGAAGACGUCGGUGUGGAAGGCCAUCUCGGCGGAGGUGCUGCAGGCGUCGUUCGACACCACGCCGGAGAUGGAGCAGCUGUUCCGCUCCAAGAGGCUCGACUCGGAGAUCUUCUUCGCGCCUCCCAGCUCCAACUGA